AGGGUUCUCUAAUUCUCUUUCUUUCUGUCCCAAUAAUACAAAGCGAACUUCUCGCCCUCUCAAUUUCUUAAUUUUAUUAAAUCAAUAUUAAGUUAAAUUAAAGCAAGCUAUGGAUGUAGAAGCAGGUAUGUUUACGGUUCAGAAAACCAUGGGAAACGUCCCAUGUUGCAAAUGUGGUGUCAGCAUGACUCCAAAUGCUGCCAACAUGUGUGUCAAAUGUCUUCGUUCUGAAGUAGACAUUACGGAAGGUUUAGAAAAACACGUGACUAUUAUUCAUUGUCCCGAAUGUGAUAAAUACUUGCAACCCCCAAGAACCUGGAUUAAAGCCCAACUAGAAUCCAAUCAGCUCUUGAGUUUCUGUGUCAGACGCCUCAAGAAUUUGAGUAAAUUGAAGUUGAUUCAUGCAGAGUUUAUUUGGACUGAGCCUCAUUCGAAAAGACUCAAAGUUAAGCUGCGAGUGCAAAAAGAAGUUCUAAAUGGUGCGGUUCUUGAACAAGCUCAUUCUGUUGAGUAUGUGGUUAAUGAUCAAAUGUGUGACUCAUGUUCUCGAGGUCAAGCUAACCCUGAUCAGUGGGUGGCUGCAGUGCAGCUAAGACAACAUGUAUCUCACCGAAGAACGUUUUAUUACUUGGAACAACUUAUCUUAAAACAUGAUGCAGCGGUUCGAGCCAUUAGGAUUAAGCAAAUGGAUCAAGGAAUUGAUUUCUUUUUUAACAGCCGUAGUCAUGCUAUUAAAUUUGUAGACUUUGUAGGAAAGGUUGCUCCUGUUAAGAGCCGUCAUGACAAACAACUAGUGUCACAUGACCAGAAAAGCAAUACUUUCAACUAUAAAUACACUUUCUCUGUUGAAAUUUGCCCUAUUUGUCGUGAAGAUCUGGUUUGUCUCCCUCCAAAACUCGUUAAUAGUCUGGGAAAUCUGGGCCCACUUGUGAUAUGCACAAAAGUAAGUAACAGUAUUGCCUUAAUAGAUCCAUCAAAUCUAAGGCAUUGUUAUCUUGAUGCUGAGCAAUAUUUUAGGGUGUCGUUUAAAUCAUUGCUUACCUCUAAGCGGCUUGUUGAGUAUGUGGUUUUGGAUGUUGACUUACUUUCUUCUGAAGUUAAUGUGGGUGGGUCUAAGUAUGCUUUGGCUGAGGUUCAAGUGGCCCGAGUGUCCGAUUUUGGCAAGAAUGAUACGAUGUUCAUUGUGAAGACACAUUUAGGCCAUCUUUUGAAUGUGGGUGAUUAUGCUCUUGGUUAUGAUUUGUAUUCUGCUAACAAUAAUGAUAUGGAACUUGACAAGUACAAAGGUUUAGUCCUUCCAGAAGUGAUUUUGGUAAAGAAAAGUUAUGAGGAAACAAAACAAAAGAAGCGUGGCAAGCCUCGAUCUUGGAAGUUGAAAACUCUUAAUGUGGAGGUUGAUUUGAGUUCUACAAGAGGUAGAGUUGAUGAAGAAAAGAUGAAUGCAGAGUAUGAAGAGUUCUUGGAAGAUUUAGAAGAGAACCCUGAUAUGAGAUUUAACAUAUCAUUAUACAAGAACAAAGAGUACCGGCCAUCAGAGACGGCAUCUGUGAUCGAUGAUGAUGAUGCACCUGGUGUGCCUUUGGAGGAAUUGCUUGGUGAUCUUGAAAUAAAGGAUGAAGAUCUUAAAGACAAUGGCACGAGGGAGUAGCAUUGUAGUUAUGUUCCAUAUUCUAUAUUCCUUGCUGUGGUGGCUUUUGUUUCAAGGCUCAUCAAUGGUUGGAUCACUAGAUGUUGGAUUGUGAAAGAACAACAACAGCAUCAUGUCAUUAUUGUUGACUUCAAAAGUUCUGUUCUGUUACUAUCAUAUUAUGGUCUAAUUAAUCUAAAAACCAACAAUGUGUGUAAUUGUAUUGAACUUGUGGGAUUCGCAUACUCCCUAUGUAAUUGUCAUCGCUGAAUUCUUAAGUUUGCAAGUUCUGUGUAUUCAAACAA